UGCCGGGCAAACAUUACCAGAGACACCUCGUUCAAAGACCAACAGUCUUACCCUGGAUUUUUUCAUCUUGGUCAUUUGUUGUCUCCUGAAGCUGAGUUUUACGAUCGUCAUUUUCGUCCUUGAUACGUGUUUGCGAGCCAAUUGAAGCCACCGACGAUAAGGCAUGGCGUCCUUCAUCAUGGUGUCGGGAAAACUGAGAAGAUAGAGUUGGAAAAAAAAUGCAACCGUUGGAACGAGCAAGUAAAAAUACCACAAUGACAUCAUCAGAGACACCAACAAGUCUUCCACGAUCAGCAACUGAAGAUUCAAGAUCUUCAUGUAGAAACCUAUCAACUUUAACAUUUUCAAUUGCCAAAAUAAUGGAACCAGAUAACAAACGAUUAUCAUACGAAUCUUGUCCAGUAGCUACAACAAUUUUAAGACAUCCAACACCGAGUAUACCUUCAUUAUCAUACUCAGCUCACUUGGAAUCUGCAUUUAAAAAAUACGUACCAACUUUGAGGCAACAAAGCUUACUCCAACACUACCCUCUUAUUUAUUACCAUCCAAAUCCAUUGCUGAGAAGUUUUCCUAGUGGACCAGUGACCCCUAGCAACAAUAAUGCACCAACUGCAAUCAACAGUCAUCCAGCAUCUCCACCAAUUUCACCAGCGCUUCAGACAACUUCAACUGAGCCGGCACAAAAUAAUGAAAAUAAGUCAGCAGUAGGUUCAAUUCCACUUCAACUACCUGCAGGUUCUACAUCUCAACCCUCAUUGGCAAACCAAUCAUUACCAAGUAGUCGAGAAUCAAAUUCUGGUAAACAAAAGAUAUUUGCUUGUCCUCAGUGUGGAAAAGUAUUUAAUGCCCAUUACAAUUUGACUCGCCAUAUGCCUGUGCACACUGGUGCUCGACCAUUCGUCUGUAAGAUUUGUGGAAAGGGAUUCCGGCAAGCAAGUACCCUCUGUCGUCACAAGAUCAUCCAUACUGCUGAAAAGCCACAUAAGUGUAAUACAUGUGGCAAAGCUUUUAACCGCAGUUCCACACUAAAUACACAUACUCGUAUUCACGCCAACUAUAAGCCAUUUGUAUGUGAGUUUUGUGGCAAGGGGUUCCAUCAGAAAGGCAAUUAUAAAAAUCAUAAACUCACACAUAGUGGGGAAAAGGCGUACAAAUGUAAUAUAUGUAAUAAGGCAUUCCAUCAAAUUUACAAUCUGACAUUUCAUAUGCAUACUCAUAAUGACAAAAAACCAUUCUCUUGUAAAAUAUGUGGCAAAGGUUUUUGCAGGAAUUUUGAUCUCAAAAAACAUAUGAGAAAGCUCCAUGAUAGUAUUUCACCAGUCAUUACGAAUAAUGUGGACAAUCCAACAGGACAAACACAUUUAGAUCAAACGAGCUUUUCAUCAGUACAUCAUGGUACUUCUGGACAUGCUUUUGUUAGUCCAUUUCUAUUACCAUCUCCUAGUUCUCAUCAAGUAAACUAUCUGACUAAAAUGUUGUGACAAACUGAGAACAGUGUACAUUAUUUCAGUAGAAAAAAUCAGUCACAAUUGUUUUUUAGUUCUAUGGGUUAUAAUUCUCACAGUGAUGUUGGACAUCAUGUUUUCAAAUGAGAUGAGAUUUAAUAUUUGAUAAUAAAUUUUGCCAGCAAGGAAAUUCAAUUUUAUACUGUGCGCUAUGAUGAUAUAAAAUCGAAUUCAGUUUCAAGUAUUUAAAAUAGAGAAAUAGAAAGACUGACAAUUUUGCCGGUUCAUCAAAGCGGAAUUUUUCUUUUUCUUUUAAUUUCGGCUUCAGAAGCUAGGCCAAGCGAAAGCGCUAAAUCCUAGGAUUUAAACCAAGCUACUGGAUGACGCACAGAAAGACUUAUUUUAUAAAGGUCGAUGUGACACGUGGGAUGCACGAGUGCGUAGUUCCGGUGUGGGAAGGCACACCUGUGAGAUGGUAUAUAUAUAUUUAUAAAAAUAUCAAAUCGGUUUGUUAUCGUUAUAAAACGAUUAUCACGAUAUUGUAUUGAAUAUAUCAAAAAAUGUUUUAAAUGGAAUGAUUAAUAACAGUAAAAAGGUGCAAUUGUAUAAGUAAAUAAUAUUUUUUUUUAACAUGUACAUAAUUUGUAUAUAAGAUUUAAACUGGAAUAAAAGUGAAGUAUAUUAUUGUGGAUAAAUUUUAAAUUAAAAUACUGUCUCUCUGAUACAUGUCUUCUAAAUUUCUAAUAGUAUUACCAUUAUAAAUCUAGGAUAUUUUGUGAUGGAGAUACAUUAAUAGCAGUGUCCAAAAAAAAGAACCUACAUCAAUUAAAAAUUUUUUCAUAUCAAAAUCCAAAAUAAGAAUAAUCUUGUUCAUCUGCUCAUUAUUAUUAGCUAAAAAUAGUAUCAAUUAUUUUGUUAUAAUAAUUGUUUGUUUCCAAUUAAAUUUGUUCAAUGUAAAUAAUUGUUAUAAAAUAAGUCACUUAUAAAACUUGGUUUCCAUCAAUCAUCCUUUUUAUUGACUCUGUUAUUAGCAUGUAACUCCAAUUACUAAUAAAAUACGAAAAUGACAUGUGUAAAUUGGUGUGAUAGUAAAUUUAAGCUAGACAAAUGAAUUAGAUAGCUAAUGUAAUUAUAUCAUAAUAUUGGAUUGUCUUUGUAUUAUGCAGAUAUAUAAAGUAUUAAAUGAAUAUAUAAACUUAUUGCUAUGAUAAAAAAAAACAAACCAAAUAAUUUAAUUGAUUUUUAUUUAUCUGCAUAUGAAUAAUUAUUAGGUUGGCUUUGUAUGUUAACUUGUUCUGACGCACUGUGACGAUUGUAAAAAUUAACUGUCUAUGCAUUAAAAAAUAUCUAUAUAUCUAUUAUAUAGUGACACUUUUUCUGGUGAAUAAAAAUCACGCCCUUAUCAUGGAUCCAUCUUCUUACAUUUGUAUCCUAUUAUACAUAUUAUAGUUAUCGUGCAAAAUUAACUGAUUUACGACAAUUAAUGUGAAUGAUGAUUAAAAAUUUUUCUAAAAAUUAAUCAUUCUUAAUGCAUAUUUGUGCACUUCAAGUUGGAUGAAAUAGAAUAUGUAUAGAUAACGUAGAC